AUGGCCCCAUUUGUCUACUCCACCCUUAUCAUUAGUCUUGGUCUCGGCACAACCACAACCUUCGCCAGCACCCACUGAUACCUCGCCUGAAUGGGCAUCGAAAUCAAUACACUAGCCAUUAUCCCCUUAAUAACCCAAAACCACAACCCUCGGGCAAUUGAAGCCACCACCAAAUACUUUUUUGCACAAGCCACCGCUUCAGCAACACUAUUAUUCGCUGCUGUCUCAAAUGCAUUCUUGACGGGAGAGUGAGACAUUCUUCAAAUCAACCACCCCCUAACUUCCACACUCACCACCCUAGCCCUAGCUAUAAAAAUCGGUCUCGCCCCCCUUCACAGCUGAAUACCAGAAGUAAUACAAGGCUUAAACCUGCUUACUGGCCUAAUCCUCUCCACUUGACAAAAACUUGCCCCCUUUUGCCUCAUUUACCAAAUCCAGCCAGACAACCCAAAUGUUUUCAUUACUUUAGGCCUCUUAUCUGUAAUCGUAGGCGGCUGAGGAGGUUUCAACCAAGUUCAACUCCGAAAAAUUCUUGCAUACUCCUCAAUCGCCCAUCUAGGAUGGAUGAUUCUCAUUCUCCCGUUCUCACCUCCCCUCACCUUACUUGCCCUUUUUACCUACCUAAUAAUGACCUUUUCACUCUUCUCCUCCUUCAUAUUAGUUCGCACCACACAUAUUAACUCCUUAUCCACCUCCUGAGCCAAAAUCCCAACUCUCACUGCUUGCGUCCCCCUCAUCCUCUUAUCCCUGGGAGGCCUGCCACCCCUAACAGGAUUCUUACCAAAGUGACUUAUCCUUCAAGAAUUAACUAAACAAGACCUAGCCCCAAUUGCCACUCUCGCUGCCCUUUCAUCCCUCUUCAGCCUUUAUUUUUACCUCCGACUGUCCUACACAAUAACACUCACUAUACCCCCAAACAACCCCGCCGGAACACUCCCCUGACGACUUAACCCCCAACACAACACCCUCCCCCUGGCCCUAACCGCCACUACAACAAUUUUCCUCCUCCCUAUCACCCCAACCAUUCUAGCUCUUUUCACUUCCU